AUGGCCAGGUGCUUGGAUGCUGUGACUGAAUGGUUAAGUCAAAGCCAGCUGAAAUUGAAUCCAUCGAAGACGGAGGUCCUGUGGUUCAGCCGGGGUGGCUCUGUGGUGGGGUACCGGCUCCUGGCUCUUGACGGCAUGCAGUUAACAUCUGUGCCCGCUGUCAAGAGCCUGGGUGUGCCCUGUAAUGCCUCCUUAUCAAUGGAGGCACAGGUCACAGCAGCGGACUGGACAGCUUUCUACCAUCUCUGUCGGGUCCGGCAGUUGGUGCUUUACCUCUCCAGCCCCAACUUAGCCACAGUGAUCCACGGUUCACCGGCAAGAGUGCUGGAGCCCCGGCAAAGCGUCACAGCUGUGCUCGGCAAAGAUGUGGUGCUGCCUUGCUCCUACCAGGCCACGGCGGAUGAGACGGUGUUCCAGGUGACGUGGCUGAAGCGAGGAGAUGACGGGCAGAGCGUGGAGCUGGCCGUUCUGCAUUCGGAGCACGGGGAGCACAUCCAGGAUGCCUAUGCGGGGAGAGUGUCUUGGCAGUCACAAGGGUCCCUGAAGAACGGCUCCAUUGUGUUGAGGAAUGCGGUGCAGGCCGACGAGGGGAACUACGAAUGCCACCUCAUCACCUUCCCGCUGGGCAACUUUGAGUCCCACCUCACCCUCAAGGUCCUAGUGCCCCCGCUGCCAACUCUGAACCCUGGCCCCCCUUUGGAGGAAGGGCAGGGCCGUACCCUGGCUGCCUCAUGCACGGCAGAAGGGAACCCCGUGCCCAACGUGACCUGGGAGACGGAAGUGGCAGGCAAGACCGACGUUCGCCACUCUUCCCAUCCCCGCUCGGCGUCUGUCACCAUCGAGUACUACGUGGUCCCUGGGCGGAAUAUGCACGGCAAGCUGCUGACCUGCGUCGUCUCCCACCCGGGACUGCAGCACCAGAAACGGAUCACACACAGACUCAACGUGUCGUAUUUGUCGGAUGCUUCAGUCCUGGGUCAUGAGACAGAGGACGAUUGGGUCGCAGGAAUGGAGGGGGCCUCCCUGAAAUGCCUUGGGGAUGGGAACCCUCCCCCUACAUAUAACUGGACAAGGCAAAAUGAUGCUCUCCCUAGUGGGGUGAAAAUAAAGGGGGAAACUCUGCUGUUCCAGAGACCACUCGGCUUAGACGACGGAGGGGUCUACAUCUGCCGAGUGGCCAACAGUUUUGCCACCAAGGAGGCCCAGGCGACUAUCAACAUAAGAGAGAACAAGGCCAAGCAAGUGAACGUUCUCUCCGUCUCCAUGAUAGGAGCGGGCGUCAUCGCCUUCCUGCUCCUUGGGUUACUUGUCCUGGUGGUCGUCCUCAUGAGCUGCUACCACCGAAGGAAAACCAAACGGAUCACCGAGAAAUAUGAAGAGGAGCUGACUUUAACGCGGGAAAAUUCGAUCCGGCGGCUCCAUUCAAGCCACAGCACUGACACGCGAAACCAGAUGGAAGAAAAUCUUCCCCUGCGGUCAGAGAGCCGGCAGGGCAGCUUUCGUGGGGAUAGCUUGUGUCGAGAGAGCCUGCGGGGGGACAGCUUGUGCCGGGACAGCUUAUGCCGGGACAGUCGGCAAGGCAGCUUCCGGGCAGAAAGUAUGCGGGAAACCAGCCUCUGCUCAAUCAUGGGUGAGGAAGAGGGAGGACGCAGCUACUCCACCUUGUCAACCGUGCGGGAAAUCGAGACUCAGACAGAGAUGCCACCGCCGCCACCUACCCCUAUCCAGGAGAACGGGAUGGAGAAGGAGAAGGAGAAAGAGGAGGAGGAAGAGCGGGACGGUGAAAAUAACAUCAAGCAGGCCAUGACUCACUUUGUCCAAGAGAACGGCACCCUCAGAGCCAAACCCACCACCAACGGCAUUUACAUCAACGGCCGGGGACACUUGGUGUGACGCUUGUCCUUGCUGAGGAAUUCCGGGACCUGGCAACGCAC